GCUAUAUUCACUAUUCAAUGUCAUUCGCCCCUUACCGCAGGUUGAUUCAAAGAUAUUCGGUUUGUUUCUUCACAAACUCGAACGCGAGCGGCCGCCGGUCACAAUUUCUGGUAUCGACUCCGGCGACGAUUCAGGUUCCAUCCUUCCUUCUAUUGCCUGGUCUCAAAUUACAACUCUUUAGCUACUAAUUGGUACUAUGGGUUUCCCGCCACCGCGAACUUGAUCAGGAACAAUUGAAUUGAAUAUUAAGUUAGAUUUUGGAUUUGUGUUCUGUCUGCUUAAGAUGCUUUCUGCGAGGAAAUUCAGCCACGGGAGAGCUUCAGUUUGCCCUUGUGUUUUAUAUGUUGUACAAGCAUCGUAUGCUAGUUUAAGUUUAGCUGGGUUGUUUGAAUCUCAGGUUCGAGCUUAUUCAAAUGUUGGGUAUGUUUCUGGGUCUGUUACUUCUUAUUGUUUGGCCAAGCCCAUUGUGCAAGAUUGUAUUUUGGGAUUACCCAAAAAGUCCAUAUCUGAAGUCGGUUCAUUUUCGACUAUGGCUGGAACAAUCUUGGUCCAGGCUCGAGACCCGGCUAAGUUAAAUGUGGAGAUACAAAAUGCAGUUGAUGAGCAUAGACUAAAUGAUGCGUGGAAGUUUUAUGAGCAGUAUAUGCAGAUGGAUGGGUUUCCUAGGAAAUCUGUUGUUAAUAAGCUUUUAGCGGGUUUUGUAGAAAGCUGUGAUGUUCAGUGGCUUGAGAAGGCUUAUGGGUUGGUAGAGCAGGCUAUUGGGGAAAGCAAACAGAACUUGUUGGAGAGAAACACGCUGAUUUAUGUUUCUUCUGGUCUUGCGAGAGCUGGGUUACCAGUUCCUGCAUCGACUGUUUUGAGAAGAAUGGUAGAAAUGGAAGAAUACCCUCCUGUUGCUGCUUGGUCUGCUGUCUUGGCAUACAUGUCUCAAACAGCUCAAGGGGCUUAUGUUGCUGCUGAGUUGAUUCUUGAGAUAGGUUACUUGUUCCAAGAUCACAGGAUCGACCCACGUAAGAAGUGUAAUGCACCUCUGAUUGCUAUGAAGCCUAAUACUACUGCUUUCAACAUUGCUUUGGCUGGUUGUCUCUUGUUUGGAACAACUAAGAAAGCAGAGCAUCUCCUUGACAUGAUGCCUCGAGUUGGUAUCAAAACGGAUGCUAACUUAUUGAUAUUAAUGGCACAAAUAUACGAGAGAAAUGGACGGAGAGAUGAGCUUAGAAAACUUCAAAGAUACGUAGAUGAAGCCCAUAACCUAAGUGAUGUCCAGUUUCGCCAGUUCUACAAUUGCUUGCUGGCAUGCCAUUUGAAAUUUGGGGAUCUAGACUCUGCAUCUAACAUGGUUUUGGAAAUGCUGCGGAAAGCAAAAGAAGCAAGAGGUUCUCUUGCAGUAGCAACUCUGGUAUUUGAUGCUGCUGGAAGGGGAAGCAAGUUCCCUCAUGGAGUUAAUUCUGGAUCCUGGCAUUAUUCAAGCCAUGGAGAAUCAUAUGCUUAUGGAGACAAUAGGUUACCAGGUAAUCUUGUAUUAUCUUACGAAGAGUUUUCAAGGGAUAGAAAUUUCUUGAGACUUGAGGGUGAGGCUAAGGAAGUGCUGGGUGCAUUGUUAGCUAAAUUGCAGAGCCAAGUUGAAUUGGUAACAACUGACCGCGGUAUCCUCCAGCCAACUGAAAAAAUAUUUGCGAAAUUAGUCAAGGCCUUUCUAGAAGCAGACAAAACCAAGGAUUUGGCUGCCUUUCUUAUAAAGGCAGAUAAAGAAGAUUCCCCAGCUUCCAAUGAUGACUCAGCCUUGGUUCAUGUCAUUAAUUCAUGCAUAUCGCUUGGAUGGUUAGACAAGGCACAUGACCUUCUUGAUGAAAUGUGCUUGGCUGGUGUAAGAACUGGUUCUUCUGUAUACGCCGCUCUUUUAAAAGCAUAUUGUGAAGCAAACCAAGCCGGAAAUGCAGCAUCACUAUUAAGAGAUGCUCGUAAGGCUGGUAUCCAGCUAGAUGCAAGCAGUUAUGAGGCACUGAUCCAAUCGAAGGUGCUUCAAAAUGAUACACAGGGAGCUCUUCAUUUGUACACAGAGAUGAGAGAGGCUAAGAUUCCAAAAGCCGGUCAUCAGGAGUUUGAGAGGUUGGUGAAGGAAUGUGCAGAGGGUUGUGAACCGAGGUUGAUGGUAAAGCUGUUGCAGGAAAUAAAGGAAGGGCAGGUGACGUUGGAUUCUGCGGUUCAUGACUGGAACAAUGUAAUCCACUUUUUCUGCAGGAAGAGAUUGAUGCAAGAUGCUGAGAAGGCUCUGAAAAAGAUGAGAAGUCUGGGGCAUGCCCCAAAUGCUCAAACUUUCCAUUCUAUGGUUACUGGGUAUGCUGCUGUAGGAGGAAAGUAUAUAGAGGUAACAGAGCUGUGGGGAGAGAUGAAGUCUCUAGCUUAUAACACCUCAAUGAAAUUUGAUCAGGAACUCCUGGAUUCUGUUCUUUACACUUUCGUUAGGGGUGGGUUUUUCAGUAGAGCAAAUGAAGUCUUGGACAUGAUGGAGAAAGCGAAGAUGUUCAUUGACAAGUACAAGUACAGAACACUCUUCUUGAAGUACCAUAAAACACUUCACAAAGGCAAAGCUCCCAAAUUCCAGACAGAAUCCCAACAUAAAAGGAGAGAAGCAGCAUUAGCAUUUAAGAACUGGAUAGGAGUGUGCUGAGUGAACUGUCUUUGUAGUUUGUAUUAUCUGCUUCAUGCAUUCCGUGGCUUGAAUCUGACGAACUUGAUGCUGAAAAAAUCUGGGAAAGAGGAUGUUGAUCGGCCGUUCUAGACCAUUAUCUUGAUGUAGUAGUAAUACAGAGAUUUACUUGGUUUAUGAGGCAAGUAUACUAAUUUUCAGAAGCAGGUCUAUGGUUGUGACCGGGACUGAUCUCAGAAUUGUUGUGCUGCAGAUAUCAAAAUAUAUAGAAGUUUGUUAUGGACCAAAAAUGGUGUAAUUCAGAUGAAGGAAAUAAUUGCCACCAACAAAUUAGAGUCCGAGAGCUUGAGAUGAUGCAAUCUCAUAAUAGAGAAGAGACCGCUGAUUAUAGAAAGAACAGCAUAAAAACAGAUGACUAUGAGUAAGUUGCUCCACAUGGGGAUUCUUUCAGUACGCAAUUGUGUUUGAUCAGCAAUAAAUCAAACCCAACUUAAAUUUCUGGGGAGAGGUAUGGACUGUGUUUUGACUUGUUGGUACCUGAAGGAUGGCAUCGUUUGUACCAUGUCAACUCAAAAACAUUUUGUUUCAUUUGAGGGUUGAUACACAAGCUACCAAAACAGCAACAUAGUUGCAGACUAUUUCAACGUUAUUUCAUGAGCAUCGGUGCCACAUUUAGGACGAUGUAUUCCGGUCUAAGCACGCAUAUAAGUUAAUCUGUAGAGGCAAUUUAAAACAACCCCCAAUCGCCCUUCAAAACAAAAAAGCUUUUCUGGACUGGUUAUCGCAACACUCACCCGCCUUGAUAGCACCAUCAUCU